AACUGUAUCUCCGUCCCGCUCAACCUCACCCUCACCCUCACGCUCCGCUUAUAUCUAACCACAGCCACACUUCACUCUCUCUCUCUCUCUCUCUGAAGAAGAAGCUUCUUCUAUCUCAUAAAACACACACACUCUCUCUCUCUCUCUCUGAGUUUCUAGGCCAUCACUGAAGGUCUCGGAGGGAGCUCCCAAUAACACAGUUUCUCAGCUCCCAAACAGAGGAUUGCAGUAAUAGCGAGCUAGAACAAAAUGCGUUACUUUUAAUUUUUAUAGCUUCUUGGUUCAAUGAAGAAUAUUUCACUUUGAAGUCAUACAUUGCUCUUCUACAAGGCACGCAAUUAUGAAAAAAGAAAAUAAAACUGCUGCCAAAGUUGAAGAGCCUACUGCCCGAAUCACACGAGCAAGGGCUAAAGCCUUGGGCUCAUCAGGAGGGAUAUUUCCGUCCUCAAAACCUUCCUUUAAGCAAGAUCAGAAGCAUGUUCUUUGCUCUCAGUUCAAAAGAGCAGCAUCAGAUGAGAACAAUGCUUCUACAGGUGCCCCUGCUGGCAUACAGCAUAAGAGAAGGGCAGUGCUUGAGGAUGUAACUAAUAUCUUAUGUGAAAAUUCACAUAUUAACAUCCAUCCAACAAAAAUUCAGACUAGCAAGCAGGCAAGAAGAGGUCUCACAAAGAAGAAAAUUGAGGUGGUUGCAGAUAUUUCACCUAUGCAAGAAGAUGCAAAUACAAAGUUAGCUGAAGAAUUGUCCAAAAUAAGGAUGGUGGAAUCACAAGAGGUCACAUUACCAGUUAAGCUAGAAGAGCAAGAGCCAACAGAGACAAGCAUGAGUUCUAGCAUAAGAGAAUGUGGUUUACCAGAUCAUAUGCCUCUGAUACUGGGUUCUUCAAAACCUGCCGGACUCCAAAGUUCUCAAAAGAAAGAAGAUGUGGUCUGCAAGAAAUCAGGAACCUCUAAUGGUCCAGACGUUGUGGAUAUUGAUUCAAACUUUAAAGAUCCUCAAGACUGUAGCUCAUAUGCCCCUGAUAUAUAUAGUAAAUUACGUGUUGCAGAGCUCGAUUGUAGACCAUCAACUAAUUACAUGGAAAAGGUGCAGCGAGAUAUCACUCCAAGCAUGCGAGGAAUUCUGAUUGAUUGGCUUGUGGAGGUUUCCGAAGAAUAUGGGCUGGUUCCAGACACACUUUACCUCACAGUGAAUCUCAUUGAUCGGUUUCUUUCUCAAAAUUAUAUGGAAAAAACAAGACUCCAGUUGCUUGGUGUUACUUGCAUGCUAAUCACCUCUAAGUAUGAAGAAAUCUCUGCACCAAGAGUGGAGGAAUUCUGCUUUAUCACAGACAAUACCUACACGAGAGGAGAGGUUUUAAAACUGGAAAGUCAUGUUUUAAAUUUCUUGCACUUCCAGCUAUCUGUUCCCACCACAAAAACAUUUCUCAGGAGAUUCAUUCAAGCAGCACAAGCUUCUUACAAGCUUCCUUCUAUCGAACUCGAGCUCUUGGCAAAUUAUUUAGCAGAACUGACACUUCUCGAAUAUAGCUUCCUGAAGUUUCUACCUUCCCUCAUUGCUGCAGCUGCUGUGUUCCUCGCCAGAUGGACACUCAAUCAGUCAGACCACCCAUGGAAUCCCACCUUAGAGCAUUAUACCAGUUACAAUGCAUCAGAACUGAAAACCACAGUCCUUGCACUGGAAGAUUUGCAACUGAACACCAAGGGUUGCUCUCUAAAUGCUAUACGUGAGAAGUAUAAGCAACAGAAGUUCAAGUGUGUGGCAACUAUGACCUCUCCGCAACCAGUUCUUUCAUUGUUCCAAAAUCAUGAUAGCUGACUCUUCUACAUGAGAUGAGCUGAAAUAUUUAUGUGUUGGAAGGGCUCUCUGCGUUCUGAUACUACAAGUGUGCUCCAGAUCUCAAGUUAUUAAUUUUAUUUUCUAGUAAUUUUUUACAAUUUUUGUUCUUUAUUGUGUCAUCUGUUGUAACAUCUGAUCCUGUUCUGGUGCUUCCAGAUCUGUGUCCUUGUAAUCUUGUACUGUUAGAGCAUGACCCAUUAAGGCCGUAAGUUAUAUGCCAUUUGGCUGAAUAAUUUUCUAAAACCUAGGAUUUCUGAGUUGCAAAGUUGCAACGGGAAAUGUAACUUAUUGAAAAUUUGUAUCAAAAAAAGAAGAAAGAAAGAAAAGGUAGUUCUUGCAGAAA